GUUGUUGCCACCACUACAACAGAGACAUACCUUAAUUCAAAAAAUUGAAAUUUUGGCAAAUUUGAUAAAGCAAGGGAGGAAGCGAUUGUGGCAAAUUAUGGGAGCAGAUCCAGCUGUAAUUCAGAUACCAAUAAAAAAGGACACUUUAGAUUGGUAUUUAAUUCACAGCUCCACAUUGCAAGAAGCAUUGCUUGACAAUAGCAGUGUGAUCAGUACUGAGGAAGUGCCUCAAAUACCAUUACGAUGGAUAGGCCAGCAGAAUUGGAUUGAGAAGCCCAAACGAUCAUUUGUGUCGUUACCAGGGGCAUCAACUGUGUUCACUGAUGCUGGAAAGAAAUCUCGCACAGCUGCUGCUACAUGGCAAGAUUCAGAAGGACAAUGGAAUCAUCAUAUUAUUCCAGCUCAAAAGGAGGAUACACUACAAACUCUGGAGGCCUGUCUGGGUGCCGAGCCGAUGGACUAAACCUGCUGAUCCCAGUGGUUUACCUUCAGCUGAUCCAGAAAAUUCAGCAGAUACUUCUCGCUCUCUACCAUCAACAUAGAGACGGGAUCUGAUGAACUCUCACAUUCAAAUCUUGUGUACAGUACCAGAUUGUGAAUGUUAUCCUUUUGUAUGUUACAUUUGUAAGGUGUGUAAGGAAAGGUGGUGGAUACAUUCUAAGUGGGGUAGAUCUCCAAGAGGGAUUUGUACAGAGUGUUAUAACUUUGAAAGAAAUUUGACUGAGAUUGCGUUACAAGAAGGUGUGCAAACAGGACAAUUUGAAAAAGGAUCUGAUAGAUGGUGGGAGAUUUUUGCUUUUGGGGUAAAUCCAGAAAACUAUUGUUAUCAUCCUAAUACCCCUUUACCGUUUAUUAUUGAAAUAAACACAAUACGUUGUCGUAAGAAACUUACACAAGUCAGGUGUGAUAUCCCAGGGGUAAAAAAUAAAAAUUGGGAGCAAUUCUUAAAAUGGCAGUCUCGAGAGAAAGGGUCUUUCCCUGAAAGUUAUCCCUGCUGCUGGGAAGAUGGAACACCCCGUGGUUCGAAGCAACCGAAUCAACGGGCGAGGCAGAGGAGUAAAAGAAAAGGGAAGCAAGAUCCAGCCAAGAUGCUGGGUGAACUGCUGCAAUCCUUUUAAAGUCCUUAAGGGACUAUCUCUGAUCAGGUUGUUAUUAUUGUAGUUUACCAUGAUAAAGGAAAAUGAAGGGUUUUUGAUUGACAUGGAUGAAAGACAAAAUAUGUGGGUAACGUGGGCUAAUCAAACUGGACAGGAUAAUUUUUGCCUUUCAAUGGCUACCCCUUCGGAUCCUUUUCGAACUUGUUUAGUGGGCGCACCUUUAGAUGAUUCACUCAGUGCCACAAUGUUUAAAAACUGGACAAAGAAUUGGAAAACACCCAAGGAAGCAAACAAAACAUUAUGUGAAAUUCCAUCAGGUAAAUUCAGGAUCAAUAUCUGUGACAAAGGUUUAAUUCAGGCAAAUCCCAUUGGUGCUCAAAAUUGGUACAUUGCUACAGGUUUAAAUGUUACUGGGUCAGAACCACAAGAGUUAAGACUGUUAGGUUCAACCCUUAGCAAUUACUGUUUAAAUUUUGUCAAUAGGGCUAGGAACAAUCAUGUAAAAAAGUCUCAUGGGCCAAAUGGUACAAAUGUUUCUCCACAAAAUUUGCUAUAUUUGCAAAAUAAUGAUACAUACUGUGGCAAUUGGUCUCGUAAAGUAAAUUCUAGCAAUACACCUUUACAAUUACCACCUGGUGUUUUUCUAAUUUGUGGAGAUCGUGCAUGGCAAGGACUGCCAGCAAACACUUAUGGAGGGCCUUGUUAUUUUGGGAAAUUGACAUUGUUUGCACCCACUAUACAGCAACUAUUAAGAGCCAAUAGAACCAGGUUACGAAAAAGGAGAAGUGUGUUUCAAUUGGGACCAGAAUGCAAAGAUCAGGUUGAACUUUGGGAACAACCUACAGUGAUUGUGUCAUCUAUUUUUACACCUGGAGUUUCUAGUGCUCAAGCCUUCACACAGUUACGACGACUGGCAUGUUGGACAGGAAAACAGUUUAAUAUUACAUCAAAGGUUUUGUCUGAUUUGCUUUUGGAUAUGAACAGUGUUAGGCAUGCUGUAUUGCAGAAUAGAGCUGCUAUUGAUUUUUUGCUAUUAGCACAGGGCCAUGGCUGUGAAGACUUUGAUAGGAUGUGUUGCAUGAAUCUUUCUGACCAUUCAGUGUCUAUUCACACUCGUCUUCAACAACUACAGAGAAAUAUGAAAAAAUUAACCAUGGAAACAAAUCCAUUAGAGGAAUGGUUUCAAUCCCUAGGUCUCACAGGAUGGUUAAAAAAUUUGGCACAAAUGGCAAUUGUUGUUAUAUUGAUCAUUGUGAUUGUGUUACUGUUUAUUCCUUGCAUACUGCAAUGCUUACAAAACAUGAUAAAAAGGGCUACUUCUACAGUUUUGUUAGUACAAAAAGAAAACAGGGGAAUUGUAGAGGAAUGGCUAGAGAGCAAAGGUCAUAUUCCCAUGCAGCAGUUAGCUGGGAAAGAGCUAGACAAUGGAGUACAGUUGGUGUGAGAUGUUGCAAAAGUCAGGAAGGCCUUGGUGAUAACUGUUAACUGAGAACAGGACACUGUGAUCAGAAGAAUGUGAAUUCAGUAUAGAUGAGCGAUCACAGGAAUGUAGAAUUAGGUGGAGUUGACCUUAAAUGAAAUAUCCAAUAAUGAGCUUGCUUUUGCACUAUGUGUGAGCCUAAUUAUUGAUGCUAUA